UAUUCAUGCAAUUAGCUGAAAUCAAAUAGCAAAGUUAAAAUACUAUUGAUCAACAUGAAAGUUAUUGUGCAAGUUUGCAUGCUCUUAGCCUUGGGGACAAUUACUUAUUCCACAAGCUCAACUUGGGGUGUGCAAAAUGCUACCGAUUAUCUACUUAUCAAUAAAAAAGUAACCUAUCCAGCAGUAGGAAAUGUUGUGCAGACUUUCUACUUCGAUAUUCCAGAAUCGUACCAGAGCAAUAACAAAGUAAUUAGCGCCAUUUACUUGAGAGACCAAUUCCAGAACAGUUCAGGUCCCAUUAAUACUUUGCUGACUGGUGGACCGGGUUGGACUUACGCUUCGAUACAAAUGAGAACUCAAGCUGGCUUUGGUUUAAAUGUAACAUUUGCUGUUUAUGGCAGAUAAAACUAUGAAUAAUUAAACAUUUUUAACGUAAGAGUGAUAGUAAAUAUGUAACUUAUUAUUUUACUCGCUCGGUGGGCGAAAUAUUGAAACAGUUUAUAGAGAUCGAUUUUAACAUUUUUGAAA